CGGAAAUCUCGUUCUACCGGAAGUUCCGCCCUACCUUAGCUGAAGUUUGCGGUGGACGGUGCGCCAGAGGGACACAUCGAUGUGUGAGGUGAACUUGAAUCACUUUCGUCGCUGAGCCCGUGCCCACCAUAUCAUCAAGAGAUUUCAGCUUCUGCACCCUGCUUUGUAUGUCCCUCCCGUAUAAGGACGUGCCUGCCAGCCCACAGUUUCUUCGGCUUGGGAGAUCACGCUCGCCAUUCUCACCGAUGGUGACAGACUUCGAAGCCCCCCAGGCAGAGUCCGCUGGGUGCCCGGAAGCCUGCCUUGCGUCGUUCCCCGCCGAGAUUGGCUGGCGUGGGCGGGUGUAUGGGCGUACGUCACAGGAACGGUCCGAAGCGCCCACAUCCCUUCUGCGACUUCUUAACAGCCAUCCGCUGGUAACCUCGAAAACUUUUUUCCCUCCCGCAACACCUGGUGCGAGGGGGUGGGAGCAGAAAUCCUUAUUGUGGAUGCAAGAAACGGCAUGGACUCUGGAAACUGAAAUAAAGACUGUAAAAAGGGAAAAUGAGCCUAAACUCACACUUUCUGAAGAAAUUUAUAGCACACUAGAUGAUUUGUUAGGUGAUGUCAACAAUGGAAAUUAUUCACAGGAUGUGCUAAUGGGGCCCAUUGACACCAGCAUUUCUUCCUUCAGACAAUGUGAACCCAUUUGCAAAUUUCAUCAGACAAAAACAUUUAAUGAUGAAAUGAUAAAAUUUCAAAAUCUGACAGAUGGCAUUCCUUACACAGAGAAAUCAGAAAUGCAAAGUCAUGUAUAUAAUUAUGCAAAAGACAACAAUAUGAAGAAAGAUUCAGUUAAGGAAGAAAAUUCAGUGGAAACUAGCACUUCCACCAAUGAAGACCAACUUGCUCCUGAAUGUGUCAGGCAACCUCCUAGAAGUCCUCUUGGAAUCCACUGCAGUAGAGAGACACUGAAAUUCAUGGACAUGUCACUGGCUAAAAAUACUGCCGAGGACUCUGCCCUCAACCCUAAUCAACCUGAAAGCUUCUUGUGUAAUGAAUGUGUAUACAGUGAUGUUGAAAACUCAUUUUAUAAAGAGAAUAGCUUUAACCAGUAUGAUCCAAGUGCUAAUUAUAAAACAGAGGAGGUUGCAGUUUCUUCAAAAGGGAUACAGAAUUCUGGGGAGAUUCCUGAGAUGUCAGUCAGUCACCAAAAGGAAGUCGCAGUGGAGGACAUGGAGGGUCUAGAGAUUGUGUCAACUUGUUCUCCUGCAGGCAUUGCUUGGAGUGGUGGGGCAUCUUGGGAGGAUUGUGAGAUACCUGAGGCAGAGCAAAGCUUGGAAAACUUACAGCCUCUGGAAGAGGAUAUGGCUUUAAAUGAAGUCUUACAGAAAUUAAAACAUACUAACAAAAAGCAGCAAACUCUGAUCCAAAACCUACAGUGUACAAACAUGUAUUUAGAGAAGAAAGUUGAAGAAUUACUGGCGAAGACUAACAAGCAGCAGGUGUUGGUUGAUAUUAUAAAUAAGCUAAAGGAAAAUGUCGAAGCAUUAAUUGAAGACAAAUACAGAGUAAUGAUAGAGAAAAGUGAAACUGACAAGACAUUGCAGAAUUUACAUGACAUUUUAACUAACACCCAAAAACAUCUUCAGGAAUCUAGAAAAGAAAAGGAAAUCUUACAGAUAGAGCUUAAGAGGAUCAAGGAAAAUUAUGUUUGUCUACAGGAAAGGUACGUAACUGAAAUGCAACAAAAAAAUGAAACUGUUAGUCAGUACAUAGAGAUGGGCAAAGCCUUAAGCAAGAAAGAAGAAGAGGUAGAGAGACUACAGCAACUCAAAGGAGAAUUGGAAAAUGCCACCACUUCUGCUUUGGACUUACUGAAAAGGGAAAAAGAGUCCCGAGAACAAGAGUUCCUGUCUUUACAGGAGGAAUUUCAGAAACGUGAAAAGGAAAACCUAGAAGAAAGACAGGAACUGAAAUGUAGACUUGAGAAAUUAGUAGCUCAAUUUAAAAAUGUGCAAUUUGUAUCUGAAAGUGAAAGGGCCAAGAAUACAAAGCUUCAGCAGAAGAUCAAUGAAGUAAAAAAUGAAAAUGCAAAACUUCAGCAGCAGGUUGCAAGGAGCGAGGAGCAAAAUUAUGCCCCUAAAUUUGAGAUAGCUCAGCUAAAGGAGCACUUAGAGGAAGUAAUGAAAUCAAAUACCUCAAAGGAUGCAAAGAUGAUACAUUCUAAUUUGUUCCUGAAUUACUCACCUUAUGAAGAAGAGAGCCUGAAUCCCCCAGAUGUGAAAAGGACUUUCCAGCCGGCCUUCAAAAUUCACAAUCUUAUGGCUCUGAUGACAAGACUUCUCACAUGCCAGGACAUCAGCAAUCUUACUGCUGAACAUUUCAAAGAAAGUGAGAAAGUUAGUGAUACAAUGCUGCAAAAAUUGAAGAGUUUCCAUCUUAAAAAGAAAAAUUUAGAUGAAGAGCUACAGAAACAUAAAGAUAGAAUUGCAACUUUUAGAGAGUUAAUUGCUAAUGAAAAAGCAUUCCAAGAUCAGGUGAUUGACGUUACAGACUUCGAUUCAAAUGAAGCCAAGAGUGUGAAUUCAAAUGAAGUCAGAGAUGUGCCUACCUUAUUGGGAGCCAAACUGGAUAAGUACCACAGUCUAAAUGAAGAGCUUAAUAUCUUGAUUGCAAAAUUGGGAAAUCUUCUUGAGUCAAAAGAAGGCCACUGUACCAGACUCAUUGAAGAAAAUGACAAGUAUCAAAGACAUUUGGGCAAUUUAAUAAAUAAGCUUAUUUAUUCAAGGUUACAUCAUAUGAAGAAAUUAUCGAAUGUGCGGAUCAGCGGCUCAAGAGAUCUCACUCCCAGAUUGCACAACUACUAGAAAGAAGAAAAAUGUGAAGUUUUAUAAAUUAAGACCAUUCUUCAAUCAUACAGUUAGUCUGCUGAAUAUCUGGACUAUCUGAAUCACCAGAUUUUCAUCUUCCUUUCUCAGAGAUCUCUUUGAUUUAGGGAAAGAGGAGCAGGGGAUAAAGGAAUUAGUGAGAAAUAUCCAAAAAGUUUGGAGGAUAUUGCUAUAGUAUUCAAGUAAAAUAACCUUGAAAUGCUUAGGAUUUAUUCACAAAAAAUUUUUGAAUGUACACCAAAUGAACUAUACAUACAUAUAUCAAGUACCAAAUUAAACUUUCUCAUUAAAAUGAGAUUUAGCUUGAAACACUCCCAAAUUGGUGUUUUUAAAUUCUGCAGUUUUCCCACUCAUUUAUUAUCCUCAUUUCUCAUUCUCAUUUCUCAUAUGCUUCUUCCUUCAUCCUUCCUCCAAUUUUAUUUACACUGUGCUGGCUAUCUCUAGAGCUUAAGCACUUCCAACCCUGCUGUAAUGAGUUAGCCCUAUAGAAAUAUGAACUUUCUAUAGGGUUCAUUCAUUACCACAUAAUUGAAAGACAGCAUAGGUAUUUGUACUUUGAAAAGUUUGCUUUUGUUUUUCACUAGUGUUUGUAAGCAGAAUGAAUAAU